AGUAUGAAGCAGAACACCCUCAAUUUCCAGAUGUUCCUCAAUCAAAACAAGAAUCUGUGUCUUUGGAAGCAGGAAUAUUGCAGCCCUUAGAUAUGGAACAAUUUAAUUCUGCCCCUGCAGCUGGUACUGUUGACCGACAGUUGCUUCCUCAAGCCGAGGCAGCCCCCUCUUCAGAACCACCUGACCCGAAAACAUGUUCUCCUCGAGAAUACUUAGAGUUCUACAUAUUUCCAGUACUCUUACCUGGGCUGGCUGAGCUUCUGCAUGAAGCAGAGAAAGAAAAAUGUUUUGAGGGAAGAAGAACCAAAUUUAUUGCCUCUGAUUUCCUAACUGAGUGGUUAUACAACAAGAACCCGAAGAGAAAAGAUGAGUCAUUCACAGAAUUCUUUUCCAUUCCUUUUGUUAAGGACUGGCUCAAGGACCAUCCUAGGCCACCAAUUCCUCUAUCUCUGCUUCUAUCAGAAGAAGAAGCAAGCAUAAUAAUUCAGUCAUUCUGGAGAGGUUAUCGGGUCCGUUGUAACAGUGAAAUACAAGAGCUACGUCAGUGGCAAAAGAAGUUCAGAGAGGAGAGACACAUUAAUAAAGUAGUGUCACAAUUCUGGACUAAGCAGGAAGCAAAAGCCUUCUAACAGAUGGGUUCUGUCACCUGAUUUCUCCUGAUGCAGCGAGAGGACACCUCAACCCCGAUAUUCCCUGCUGGUAAAGCAGCAAGCGUAUCCCCGAUAAACGCACUCCGUGCUAGCGCUGA